AUGACUACAUCCAAGUCCUUCCGCACUGCAUUGCGUGGAGGGGCUUCAGAUGAAGUGAGCCCCGGAGAAGCUCCGAAGCAAGAAGCCAAUGGGGACUAUCUCGUGCAGUAUGUCUUGAUACGGAAAGACCUGCCGUGGCCUGCAGGGAGCGUUGUGGCUCAGGGCUGCCAUGCUGUGACAAAGGCCCUGUGGGAGUACAAAGAACAUCAAAAUGUGAUCGACUAUUGCGGUCAAAUCAACUCAAUGCACAAGGUGGUUCUUGGCGUGAAGGACAGGAAGCAGCUGGAGAAGUUUGCAGGCAGAUUGGAAGAGGCAGGAUUGCUUCACUGCAUCUGGGUUGAGCAGCCAGAAGACACUCCAACAGCAUUAGCAACACUGCCAUACCCGAAAUCUACCAUCGGUCCCUUGCUGAAGAAACUUCCAUUGCUGCAAUGA